AUGAUCGGCUACGCGAGAUUGCUCGUGGCCAUUUUGCUCGGCUGCAGCUUAUCGAGGACUUCGUUUGCCAAACUACCGGAUGGUAUAACCGGUUGUUCGAUCUCGUUGAGCCGGAACGAGUUCAACCAGUGCGUCGUGGACAAAGUUCGGGAAAUGACGCCCCACAUGAUGAAGGGCAUACCGGGCAUGAGGCUCCCGGCGCUGGACCCCUUCGUCCUCCCGUCUCUGAGCAUCGACCGCAGCCUCGACCAGCUCGUCAUCAAGACCAACAUCACCAACAUCCAAGCGACCGGCGCCUCAAACUACGCCAUCAACGAAAUCGACGUGGACCCCCGGGCCCUCACUCUCGGCAUGAAGAUCCACAUGCCCUUCGUCCAAGUACGGGGCAACUACGAAGUCAGGGGCAGGCUGCUCUUGCUCGUCCUCAACGGCGUGGGCGCGUUCAAGGGCAACUUUUCCAAUAUAGAUGUCUUGGUGCGCGCCAAGGGCAAGGAGGCGGUCGACAAGAGCGGGGUCACGAGGGUCGAAGUCGACAAGCUCCAGCUGAAGAUUCGCGUUGGUCACGGCAACAUCAGGCUCAAGUCGCCACCCCAGCACGCCGUCACUGCUGACGCAGCUCAGGCUUUCUUCAAUGCUAAUCCGAGGCUCGUGCUGGACAUCGCCAGCCCCAUCAUCGAAGACACAGCCGCCACCAUCAGUCGAGCUCUAGCCGUGAGGGCUCUAAGUUCACUCACCAAAGAUGAAAUAUUGUUGAAGUAA